CUGCCAGCAGCUGUUUACUUUCCAGCUAGCCUGGCACCUGGCACAGGAAAAAGCCACACUGACCUUCUCUCUGGGGGAAUCCUGGGGCUUCCCCACCUGCCCGCCUUCGGCCCCACCCAGCCUUUGGCACCGGGCUGGGCUGGGCUUCCCCCUGGUUCUUUCUACCAGGGGUUUUGGGAGGUGAAGCCCUUCUGGGCGCGGUGUCACCUCUGGCCUCUGCAGGUGUUGCCUGAGAGCCUCAAUCGAGAGCUCUGCCAGGCCCCCAGACCCUCCCUGUGAAAAGCAGCACCAGCACCAACCUCCUAGCCGGAGACUGGGAAGGCUGGCUCCUCAGCAGCUGCAGAGCUGCCCUGGGAAAGGGCACAAGUGCCAGGCGGGCAUGGAGGUCUCUUCCUGGGGCAGGGUGGCAAAGGGAGGUGCUGCACUAGGGAGCCAUCUGCGGGGGCCAUUUAUGGGGAUGCUCCAUCUUCCCAGGCGCUGCGACCCUGAGAGCGCUGCUGGCUGAUGGCGUGGGAGCCCAAGUCCCCUGCUGGUGCCAUGGCUGGCCAAGACCUCGCCAGUGCUCAGGAGCUCCUGGACCUCCGCUUCCAAGCCCUGGCUGCCAAGCACAUGGACCUCAAGCAGCUGGAGUUGGACACAGCCGCCGCCAAGGUGGAUGAGCUCUCGAAGCAGCUGGAGUCACUCUGGACGGACCAUCCUGGGCAGUCUGCCGGGCCACCCCUGGUGGUGGACAGGUAUGGCUCCAGCUCCACCCCAGAGCUGCUGAAGAUGGGUGCCCAGGCUGCCUCUCCCCUGCACCAGCUGCCCUGGAAGAGCACCUCCUGGGACACCACUGACCCUGGGCCCCCCCCCAGCUUGUCCCCCUACAGCUCUUCGCCCAGCCAGCUUCUCGGCUCCAAGGCCCCCCUGGGAUGCUCCUCCUCCCCACGGCCUUCCUUCUUCCUGCAGUCGGAGUUGGACUGGAGCCCCCCGCCACCCUCCAGGCCCAAGGUCAUGGCUGUCCCUUACGAGGCCCCGCCGGGCCCUGGGCCCCACGGCAGCUCCCCCCACUCCCUCCGUCCCGCCGGCCUCCCUGAGCGCCAGUUUGACCCCCGGCCCUUUGCUACCACCGGCGGAAGGGGGGGGCGGGCGGGCUCUCCACGGCUGCCAGCAGAAGGCUCUGCGUCUCCGGUGUUCUUCCCAGACCGAGGGCCCUCCCCGCGCCCGCCUCUCCCGCCCCCCUACGAGAGCCACAGCCUGUAUCCUGCGGUGCCAGGCCCCUUCCGGGCUCAAGACGACCUGGUGAUCCGUAGGAGGGUGCCGAAAGGCUGGAACGAAUCGGACCUGGACGUGGCAUACGAGAAGAAGGCGCCUCGCCCUGUCGGCUACGAGCGAGCAGAUGCUCACGUGAGCCUUCGCCAGAACACGGCUGGGCUGCCGCUGGUCCCUUGGAAGGAGUCGAGCUUGGAUGGGGGCUGGCCAGGCGAGGAGGAGCACUACGGGAUACACAGCGCCACCCUGCCCAGGAAUUACAAGGUCUCGGCCCUGGCCGGCGAGAGGCGCCAGGACAGCUCCUUCCGCCGGUCCCUCCCUGCCAACCAGACGGGCACCCUGCCCCGGAACUGGCAGCCUGUCUCCCGCAUCCCCAUCCCCCCGCCCAACCCUCAGGGUGGCAGCCUCCCCCGACGCCACAAGCCGCUGCCCCUCUCCAUGAUCUUCCGGCUGCAGAACGCCUUCUGGGAGUCCGGUGUGGCAGGUGGCAAACUCGGGCUGCCUCAGGGGCUGGCCGGGUCGCCUCUCCUCUGGUCCUUGCAGAAGCAGAUGCUGCAGCCGCCGUUUGCUCCAGCGCAGCCCCAGCUGCGGACGAUGCAGACUGGGAGCGAAGGAAACGGCACCUCCAGAGCUGUGGCAGCGAUGCCUGCUGAACGCGUUGUCCCCAUCAUCUUGACAGCGGGGGAGGCGGAGCCUGAGCUGGAGGGUCUCCUGCCGGGCAGCGAGCCGGCAGAGAUGGACGACUUGGCCCGGCCCCUCAGCCCCACCCGGCUGCAGCCGGUCCUCCCGCCCGAGGCCCAGAAGGUGCCCGAAUUCGAGGAAGUGGCCCGGGUGCUGGCGGAGAUGCCUCGGCCCCUGAAGCGGCGGGGAUCCAUGGAGCAGACCCCCAGCCCGGCUCUGCUGCCCCCCCACAAGAAGCAGUACCAGCAGAUCAUCAGCCGCCUGUUCCACCACCAGCCCCACAAAGAGGAGGCUGCUCCAGCAGGGGGCCCUCCGCCCCAGGCUGACCCCCCACCCGUCAACGAGGCCACGGAGCAGAAGGCGGCCCUGGCCAUGCCAGCCGCCGGCCCCGCGUUGACUCCUCCGCCUGCUCCGGAGAGCCCAGCCGCUCUCGCCCCCUUGCCAAGCCCGGAGAAGCGCUCGGUGCUGCGCAAGGUCUCUUCCCCUUGGAAACGGCUGACCAAGAAGGCACGCCUCAACCCCUUGGUGCUGCUGCUGGACGCGGCCCUGACUGGAGAGCUGGACGUGGUGAAGGAGGCUGUGAAGGAGCUGAAUGACCCGAGCCAGCCGAAUGACGAGGGGAUCACCGCCCUGCACAAUGCCAUCUGCGGGGCCAACUACAGCAUCGUGGACUUCCUGAUCAAUAUUGGGGCCAACGUUAAUUCUCCCGACAGCCACGGCUGGACACCAUUGCACUGUGCGGCUUCUUGCAACGACACUGCCAUCUGCGUUGCCCUGGUGAAGCACGGGGCUGCCAUCUUUGCCACCACUUUCAGUGACGGAAGCCUGGCCAUUGAGAAGUGCGACCCGUAUCGGGAGGGCUACAAUGAGUGCUUCAGCUACCUUGCAGAUGUGGAGCAGAACAUGGGGCUGAUGAAUAAUGGGGUGGUGUAUGCCCUGUGGGACUACAGUGCCGAAUUCAGCGAUGAGCUCUCCUUCCGCGAGGGCGAGCCGGUCACUGUGCUGCGCCGGGACAGCCAGGAGGAGCUGGACUGGUGGUGGGCCUCUCUCUAUGGCCAGGAGGGCUACGUGCCCAAGAAUUAUUUUGGGCUGUUCCCCAGGGUGAGGCCGCAGCAGAGGAAGACAUAGAGACCCUCCGGUGGCUGGAGUUGCUGCUGCAGCCUGCCGGAGGGAAAGCGCAAGAGCCCGCUGGCGGGAAGGGCUGCACGUGGGACUCGCUUCUGUGAGCGUGGAGGGGCGAGGCUCGUUCCUUGCUUCUGGCCGGCAACCCUCAGCUUUCAGAAGAGCAUAAACGGAGGGGAGGGGUGGCAUCCAGCCUUGCCUGUGUUACCCCCCAUCGCCUUGCUGUUUUCUUGCUUCUGUAUGAAACCCCCCCAACCUCAAGGAUGGUCUCUGUGUUGGUGUAUUAGCCUCUUCCACAACAGCUGGUGGAGUGAUGCCGCCCCUUCCCCGUACAAAGGUUGAACUGGGAAAUUGGCGCUGGGCAUCUGGGGCUGGGCAACGAAGUGCGUUCCCCCCCCCCCCGCUCCAAUUUUGCUGCCUUUCCUCUCGAUUGGCCUUGGGUGGGAACUCUUGCCUCCUGGACUUUGUCCUUGGGGUAACAGCUGUGCUGCCCCCUCCCCGCCCCCCACCCCCUGGUGGCUGCUUGGGCUUUAAACGUCUUUUUUUUCUCUCACCAACAUGGUGAAGGAAGAACAAAGACAGGGCACCAACAGGCUCUUUUUGCAUCCUCUCAUUGGGCAGCUGGAGAAAGAGCCGGCUGCCCCUGUGCGAGGACAGAGUGCAGAAAUAUGGCCGUCCGGCGGUUGCAUGCCUUGGCCACCUCGGAGCUGACCUGCAAGGUCAUGGGCUGGGUAGACUUGAUGGGGCCGAGCGCUUUCUUUAAUUGUUAUGUCCUCAACUCCAGAAGUUCUUUCUCAAAAUUUCUCCCUGCACCCAUGACACAUGGGCAUGACGAGCACACCAGCAUUUUGCUAUGGGUUAAGUGAUCCUGGCUUGUCUGCCUUCCCGCACAAGCACAACUCUCAAGUAAUGCCAAGGCUGGGAUCUGCUUCCCUUGGCAGCUUGAUUCAAGGACGAGAUGACGUUGCACAGGUAACCUACAUCUGGAGCAGCCAACUCUUUUUUCAUGUGGAAGCGGCAAGGCCUCUCGCAGAACCACAAUCCCCCAUUUUUUAAAAUCAUGUCCAAAGUUGAAACUUCUCAUGGUUGACUCCAUUCCCUGAAGAUUUACGAUGGGAGAAGGGAAUGCAUUUGGCUGCUUAAUCUGCACAAAUCAAACGCCCCACUCCUACACAGGAGGGAAGAAGGUGGGAAGCUGCCUCCUGCCAGGGCUAGCCCUGAGUCCCUCUGCCCUGGGGAGAGGCGGCCGAGAGGCGGCCAGAGGGGCAGCUGCUGGCCCUUCUGCCUGCAGGCUAAUAUUCUGGCUGGAGCAGAGCACUGUGCUUUACGCCGGUGCUCCUUGUGCAUACAUUGCAGCUGGAACAAGACCAGGGGGAGGGAUGGAGAAUGUUGCCCCCUGCCUAGUGCCUUCUUUUUGCCCACCUGGGGCAAAAACUGCAGCUUGUGUUCAAAAGCUUGAUUUCUGUGCCUGCACCCUGCCAAGCCAGCCUGAGGCCCCUGUGAGGGCUUCUCUUGCACUUGGCCAAGGAGUCCCUUCCUUUCAUGCCAUGCCUUAAUCUGGGCCGUGAUGCCAGGACAUGUUCUGAUGCUGCUGGGGUCCCUUUGGUUGGGGCUGGGGGGCGAUUUUUGUGCCUUUAAAUGGUUGGGGCCUUUCAGGAAUAGCUCCGUGCAGGCUGGAUGCCCAUGGGCUGUAGGUCCUGCAUAAGCCUCUGAAGGCCGCUUUAAUUUGGGCUUUGCCAGACUCAACUCUAGGGAGGGAAGAGGGGAUGCUGGGGAUCCAGAUGAGCCCUUCCUGUGACUGGUUGGUAGCACUGGCUGGAAAAUGUAGCAUUCAGUAAUAAAAUGGUCUAACUGGACAAAA